AGAUUGUAAAUUUUUGCUAGGUGGUGAUGGUGAUCCUUCGGCCAGAGCUUGUGAAGAUGCUGUUUGAGGAGAUGAUCCGCACCAACAGCUCUCGGGUUUGGAUCGCCAGUGAUGCUUGGUCUAGGUCUGGAGUUGUGACAACCAUGCAGGACAUAAACAAGGUUGGAGACAUUCUGGGGUUAAAUUUUGUCACAGGAACCAUUGAUGGGUUUACAGACUACUUGCAGAAGCUAACAGUCCGUCCAGGCGUGAAAAAUGAUUUAAUUAAAGAGUACAACCAGCUGUAUUCAGACUGUGAUCCUGAUUCCUCUGAAGAUUGCAGGAAGCCAAGUGCUGACCAUCUAGUGAGGAACGUCAACCUCCCAGUGGUCUAUGGUGAGAGGGUGGCUGUUUGGAGCAUAGCCCAUGCUCUGAGAGAACUACUUGGAUGUAAUGAAACCUUCUGUCCAGGAGAAACUGAUUUCCCUGGGUCUACAGGCCCAGAACCGAAAGAAGCAGAACUUUCUCGAACAUUAAUCACAGAGUUCCCAAAAUCACAUAUAAGCUUAUUGAGAAGCUCUACGAGGAUUUUUACCCUUGACGGUGAGAGAAAGUUCUUCGACAAAAACGGUGACUUUGAAGAUGGUUAUGAUGUUGUCAUGUUGGUACCCGCUGGUGAGAUUAGACAGGCUAAAGUAUUUGGGAGAUUCGCUUUACCACAGGGAAAAGUUGUCAUCACAGAGAAAAAUAUCAUGUGGACUUCGACCCUCAACAGCACAUUACCUGUAUCUCAGUGCACACCAUCAUGUCUUAAUGGCACAUUCAAGAAGGUGUCGAAUAUUUCCUGCUGCUACAGCUGCAUCCUCUGUGCUGAAGGGACCUACUCUGACAGCUAUGACCAAGAUGACUGCCACAUGUGCCCCAAUGACACUUGGUCCCUGAGGGGAUGGAGUAAAUGUGAACCUCGCACUAAAAAAUAUCUGCAGUGGUCUGAACCAUUACCCGUUGCUACCCUGGUGGGAGUAGGCCUUGGGCUCCUGCUUCUCAUAACAGCCUUUGUCUGUUUCACCAUCCAUCGGCACAGCUUAAUUAUCAGGUCUGCCAAUUAUCUCAUGUCUUGCUUCAUGAUGGUUGGUUUAGCGGUGAGUUUUGGAAGUGUGGUGCUAUUUAUGGACGAACCCAGCAUCCACCUCUGCCGGGCCCAGCAGAUCAUGUACGCCUUGAGCUUCACCCUCUGUGUCUCCUGCAUCUUGGUCAAAGCCUUCCGCACGUUCCUGGCAUUCAUGGCUUUUGAUCCCAUAAGACGCGAUCGUCUCGACAGGCUCUACAAACUGAUUGUUAUGGCCCUGGUGACCUCUGUUCAAGGGCUCAUUUGCCUUUUCUGGCUGAUCUUUGACACCCCACAUGUGGACCCGACCCCCCCAUCCAACCAGAGCAUGGAGCAUAUUCUGCAGUGCAGCGAGGGCUCCAAAGUGGGGUUUGUGGUGAUGCAUGGCUACGUGGCUCUGUUGGCUUUCAUCUGCUUCCUGCUGGCCUUCAAAGGGAGGAGGGUCCCUCAAGACUUCAACGAGACGGGUGUCAUCAUCUUCAGCAUGCUCAUCCACCUGUUUGUGUGGCUCUGCUUCAUUCCCAUCUACAUCACCAAGAACGAGUCACGGCCCAUCGUACAGGCCUCCGCCAUUUUGGUUUCUAACUAUGGCAUCAUAUUCUGCCUCUUCGUACCCAAGUGCUACCGAGCUAUUUGGGGCAAACACACAAUGGAGCAAAUGAGAGCACGCCUGCUCAACUUCAUUCAGAUCAGAAACCACGCCCCUAUAGAUGACGAUGUAUGACAGUACAACAGAGACAUAGAAGCCAAUCCAUGUAACCGUGAGAUGUUGUUUGUGUAGCGUCUGAUGAUAUUUGUCAACAUUGUUUUGUUAGUAUAGAAGCCAAUCCAUGUAAGCGUGAGAUGUUGUUUGUGAACCGUCUGAUGAUAUUUGUCAACAUUGUUUUUCAUGAUAAUCAUGUCAAAACAGUUUCAUAUGAUAAAAUAUGUUUUUUUUUUCUAAACUUUUGGAAUUUAUAAUGCAUGUAGUAAACAUCUUACUAAAUAAAGUGGCCCUAAACUUUUAUUUGUGUGAAUGUUUGAAAAAUUACGUGGAACAUGGAUUUUACAUUUAAUUUAUAAAAUAUGUACUUUUGCAAUAAACUGACUAAUUAAUA